AUGGUGAAGGAACACAAACUGACCGCCGCCGCGCAGGAGAUCUUAGCGGUGGUCGAGAGAACUCUGGCCGGAUACGAGGAGGAGACCUCGGCUCUGAGGGAGCGGCAGAGGAGGCUGCUGGAACUUCUCCUGCAGCCUCGGGUCACUCUAUGCAGGACAGAUGUGGAGGAAGAGGGGAGCCCCGCCGAGGAAGAGGAGGGUGAAGAGUGUGCCGAGGAGGCGGCACAGAGCCCUGGUCUGGACCAGGAGGCGGCACAGAGCACCGGUCUGGAUCAGGAGGCGGCACAGAGCGCCGGUCUGGACCAUGAGGCUGCACAGAGCACCGGUCUGGAUCAGGAGGCGGCACAGAGAGCCAGUCUGGACCAGGAGGCGGCACAGAGCACCGGUCUGGACCAGGAGGCUCUGACGGAGCCGGGGCAACACGUACCAGACACAAGGCUCAGAGCUGGGACUCAGAAGAGGAGACUCAGGAAGGCUCUGACCCUGCGAGUCUGUCUGUUGAAGGACUCUCAGACCAAGACGCUCCUGAAAGGAGUGUUAAAGUCUCCGAUGAAGCAUCUGCGGGUCCCCCGAGGCCUGCAGGAAGCGGACUUCCUGGACCUGCUGAGGUCCACCUUCCCUCAGCUGAUUGGCCCGUUUGACGCCUUCACCACCGACGCCACCAGGAAACUGACACCGCUGGCGGCGCGGUCGCUGAUGCCAGAGGAGAUCAGGAGGUCCAUCAGGUCCUCGGGAAAAGGAAGGUCGGCCCUCUACGUCCGAGUGAAGGCAGCGAAGACAUCCCUGACGAGCACAGAGCAACUUCCUGUCCCUCAGCAGAGAGAACAGGAAGCCGCCAGGGACACAGGAAGUGAUGUAAACAGGGAAGGUUACGGCAGGUAA